UGGCUUCAUUUCCGGUACGGAAGUCAUAACAAAGACUUGCUAGUAGGUAAUUUAUUUGGCGGCUUUCAAUGAGUUUUACCAUUUAUAAAUCCUAAAACCCGCUCAUCCAUAAAAAUCAGCUGCCAUGGAGACCCCUGAGCCUGGCCCAGCCGAUGGAGAGGAGCGCUCGGUGGAGCUGCGACCACGAACCCGCUCCAACCCUGAAGGUGCCGAGGACCGUCGUAGCAGCACCGGUAGUCUUGGAGGUGGAGGCAACCCCAACCUAUCACAGCCAGCUGUCGGCAGCCGCGUCGAGGGCGAAGGCGAGGCCUCGACCAGCGACAGUCCUUCGACUUCCACCACGACCAGCAUCUCCACAGCUGUGGCUCAGACUGUGACCCCUGUGGCUGCUACUGCUGCUGUUACACCAAUGCAGCUUGCUGCUGCUGCUGCCGCCAAGGAGCGUCCCAAGCCCACACAACAGCUGCCUCCACUGUCAACCCCUCUACCUCCACCAGCAGAGUACCAGAUACGAGUUCCUCGGGUCAACUGUCCAGAGAAAGUGAUCAUCUGCUUGGACCUUUCAGAGGAGAUGUGUUUAUCAAAGCUGGAGUCUUUCAAUGGGACUAAAACAAAUGCUCUGAACAUUUCCCAGAAGAUGAUUGAGAUGUUUGUGAGAACUAAGCACAAGAUUGACAAGAGACACGAGUUUGCUCUGGUGGUGGUCAAUGACGACGCUCUGUGGCUGUCAGGCUUCACUUCUGACCCCCGCGAGCUGUGCAGCUGUCUAUACGACCUGGAGACCAACGUGUGCGAGACUUUCAGUCUGGAAGAUCUUCUCAAUGUUAUUCGUCAGAAGAUUGAGCUGCCAUCGAUGGAGAACAUCCAGACCGUGCCGCCUCCUUACGUGGUGCGGACUGUGCUCAUCUACAGCCGCCAUGCUGGGCAGCUACAACUCAACCCCUCUGAGGGCGUCAGUAAGAUGCUCCAGUCUCCCUAUUUUUUCUUCGACGUGGUCUACCUACACAAUGGGGCAGAAGAUCAGGGGGAGGAAACCAGCUGGCGGGAGAACUACACGGCUUUCUGCAACCUAGACUCAAAGGGAAUGGGUUAUCGCUUUGAGGUUUCUCUGAGCGGCCCUGCCAUCGAGCUGCACAACUGCAUGGCCAAACUUCUGGCUCACCCUCUGCAGAGACCUUUCCAGAGCCACGUGUCCUACAGCCUCUUGGAGGGGGACGAGAUGCAGGACGUGGAGGCCACAGUCUAGAACAGGACUUUGUUCUGUGAGGUUCAAACGCACACUGAAUAUUAAUAGACUGGCACAGGGAUUGUCCAAAAACACGUACAUUUAUCUUAUCUUGUAGGUUUUACUCAUGACUAAAGACUGGCUAAUAUUUAAAGAAUGACAAAAACAUCAAGAUGAGACCACCUCAGUACACACGUAUGCAAUAUCAAUCAACAAAGAUGUGAACUGGAGCAUAAUGUACUGUUGUGUACUUUCUGUGUGGAAUAUUUUUACGUGGUCAUCUGCACCUUUACUAAAAAAGAAAUGGUUUGUUUUAGUCAUGUUCUACUCCCGCACGAACACAUGAUUGCAACAAAUGGAUUUGGCGCAACCUGUUUACCCUCAUAAACACAUUAUAACGGGACUAUCUGUGAAUGUAGCUUGUCGGUAAAACUCUGUAUAGUCGGUUCAAAAACAGUUUUUCAAACUGGACAAAAUGAAGUGACAGAAGAAAGUUUAUUUUUCUAUUUCUGAACAUACUUGGGUUUUUUUUCUCACGUUCAACAUUCCUGUCUUCGGCCGCGCUUACUCUGCAUACCAAAUUGGAUUUUUUUGCCCUCAAGUGACACAGAUCUGAUUAUUUUUUUGCCAGUCUAAAAGCCCCAAAGUGUUUCAAAUCGGAUCUUUUUGUAUCAGAUUCAGGCCACAUCAGGAGGUAGUCCUGAGUCUGAUCUUUUCAAAUGUGACUUCGGUCUGAACGCAAUGCAACCCUAAUGUGAUAUUUUGUCGGCUUUGGGCGAGCUACGUAACUUGUGUGCGCCAGGAAAGACGCAGUCGCCAGCGGAAGUGAAUAUUUCAUCACAACAUCCGGUUUUGGUGAGCAACGUCUAUUAAAGACGAUUGCAUUUUUGGUGCAUCACUUGUCAGUAGUGCGCAAAUAACAAGCUAUAUGUAAUGCAUAAAUAUAUAUUUUGACUCCGAAGAAAUGGCGAUUGUUGAAGAACCGGACUUGACGCUGUACCGCAUUUUCUUACAUGUGAGUUGAAUUAUAAAGCUCCUGUAGAUUCACGCUGAUGUCUGUGUUCCUCUACUUAACAGCUAUUAAAAGAUUAGAACCCUCCCAAAUAUAUUACACUAUAUAUAUCCAUUCGUACAUCGCUUGAAUUUAUUUCACAUAAAUACACAAAUUUUUAAGGUGUUGCGACUUUUAUUCUAUUUUGUAAUAGUAGUGACUUCCUCCCGGUCAACUUUCUUUGUUUUCACUUUAUCGUAGUGCGCAUGCAAGUGAGGUGGAGGCCACAUUUGGGCUAUACGCGUUUACACUGGAGUCUGAUAAAAACAUUUUACUUGCAGUGUAAACAGUCAGCUGGAGAAAAUCAGAUUUACAUUUUUUUUUAUUUGGGCCACUUUGGACUGCAGUGUAAACGUAGUCUUUGACAGUGUCUGUUACAAAGUAGAUGCACAUGCGUCAUGGCCAAAAUCUCCAUCUAGGUGCUAGAGGAUGGGGCUAUAGUCCCCGCAACUCACCACCACAAAUAGAUUGCUGUCCUAAAGGAAACAGCGAAUACCUUUUUAAAAAAAUGUGCCUUUACCAAAUAAUACUGCUCUGUUUUGACAUUGCCAGUGAUGUAUUAAUUUAACAAUAUCUUUAUUAUUGUAGUUGUGCUGUAGUGUAGAAGUGUAUCGUAUUAUCUUUCUGAUCGUUUGGUUAACUUAUUGUGUGGCAGCUGUCACUACGAUGCAGUACAGCUCAACAGUACACGUCAAUGUAUGUUUUUUCAUUGUUACAUUAAAUAUCUGUCCAUGCAGUAAACAUACUAUCUAUUUUUACUUAUAAAAAUGUUUAUUUUAUAGACAAUAAAUUACAAAGACAAAAGUUAUUUACUGUUU